UCAUUUUGUUGGCAAGUUGUUAAUUACAGUCUCACUUUGUAAGGAAUGGUUUAGACCUAAUUUAUUGUUUGAGCACUUUAAGGAGAAUAAAUACUACUAUAUAAUAUAUAUACCGAGUACCGACCUUUAUAAAUUAAUUUUUAUAAAAUAACUAUCCUCAACAACGUUCAGAAAUGGUACCUCAACUGAACUCUGGUUCAAAACGCGGCUAUGUCGUGUACAUCAUAUUGGUUACAUGUUUGGUUUUCUUGAUGUUUCAACUAGCAAACGACAAAGGAAAAAGGGUGGGGAUUUCUGACACAGGCUCCUAUCUGGUCAGUUCGCCGAUAAUGAAUAUCUCUGUCAGUGAUGAUGUAGUUUCAGAUACAUCAGAGAAUGAGAUGUCGACUUUAACAAAUCCAGACCAACAGUUCGAGUCUAAAGAUAAGCCAAGUUCAAGUCAUUCAGAACAGAUAUUAAUUAAAAAGAACUUAAUGUUUAUAAAGACCCACAAGUGUGGAACUUCCACCUUAGUUGAUGUUUUUUAUCUCCGAGGAGUUAGAAAAAAGCUCAACUUUGUAAUGAUCCCAUAUACUCACCAACUGCAUUCUCUCACAAGGCACCUGCUACCUCCAAGACCUGGAUCAGUGUACAACAUGCAGUGUCAACACGGCACUUUCCAACCAGAUGCUGAACACACGAUAAUGCCCAAAGAAACAUCUCUUUACUCCACUAUUGUCAGAUCUCCAGUAUCCCAGUUUAAGUCUGCUUUUAGCUUUUUUGGGGCUGAGGGCAAAAUGCAAAAGAAAUACGGUCACCUCUCAAUAGACGCAUUGAUUGGACACUACUUGGACGAAUAUCCCGAACCAACAGAAAACAAGGCUAGUGCUGGCAGGAUUCUCAACAGUGUGGCUGUAGACUUGGGAUGGAAUACUUUUAACCGCAGAAAUUUAGGACAAACACUUCAAGAGAAGAUAAACGCCUUUAUAGAACAUCUGGACCAAGAGAUGGACUUUGUUAUGAUAACCGACAGAAUGAACGAAAGUCUUAUCCUUCUUAAAGAAUAUCUUGGCUGGAAUAUGACUGACAUUGUGUAUCUAAAUCGUAUGGUCAGCUCCAAACCAAAAGUAACAAUGUCAGAGGAAACUAAAGCCAGAAUAUUGCAAUAUCAAGUUAUAGAUGCUCAAAUAUUUGAUCAAUUUAACAAAACAUUCGAGCUGCACCUCGAUAGGGUAGGCAGAGAAAAAGUAGCAUCUCAAGUCAAAGAGUUUGAAGAAAUGAGGGAAUCUUUUGAAAACAAAUGUUUUAACAAAGAUAAGACUAUUAAUGGUCCCUAUAAAUCAAUCUCAUGGGAGAUAUCAGAGUACGGUAGAAACACAAAUGUGGCCUGCACAUUUCUACAGACUCGAGAUGUCACAUUGACUAAUGUUAUUACACAGCUUCAGCUUUCCCAAGACUAUACCGUCCCUAUCGAAGGACAAAAAGGGCCUCUCUUGAUGCGAGAUAUCGUUUCUAAAAUCCAACGGGACUAUGAUAAUAACGAGGAUCCAGUGUGAUCGUGGCUUCUCUGUCAAUAUAAUAUAUUUUUUAUUUAUUUAUGAUAGUGUGAUGUUUUAGUUGCAACUCAAAUUUAUAAUUCUAGAUAAAGUGGUUUAAGGUUUCGUCAUUAACU